AUGGCACGAGUUAUAGUUCUUAAGAAAGAUGAAGAUAUUUUAUCGACAAAUGAAAUACGUCGUCACAUACGUAGAAUAAGAAUAGAUAAAAAUCGAGAUAAUGAAAAAGGAAUUGUUCAAAAAGUUGUUUUACCAAGAACAUCAAAACAUUUUAUUUGGGCAACGUCAAAAAGAAAUGAAGUUCCUGAAUUUACAUUUAGAAUGCAAGAUCAAUGGCAUUUUGAAGGAGAUAAUAUCGCUUUAAGAGUAACAUUUAAUGGAGUCCCAAAACCUGAAAUUUAUUGGUUUAAAGAUCAUCAACCAAUAAUUCCAUCAAUGAAGACAAUGAUUAAUAGUAGUGACAAUUUAUCAGAAUUAAUUAUUUUUAAUGCAGAAAAAAAUGAUUCAGGUUUUUAUACAUGUCGUAUUGAAAAUAAUUUAGGUAUUCGUGAAAGUCAUGCCCAAAUAUAUAUUAAAGGAAAUGAUAAUAUAAAAUGUUUAAGAACUAUGCCUAGAAGAAAUUAUUUAAGUGAAAGAUUAUAUCGUCCAAUGUAUCAUGAAAUAUCUUACUAUUCAAGGUAUUAG